AUGAGAAAGAAGAGAAAUAAGAACCUAUAUGGAGAAGUAUAUGCUUUAGGUCAACAUAUAUCUAUGUCUGCUCACAAAGCACGAAGGGUAAUUGAUCAGAUUCGUGGACGUUCCUACGAGGAAACACUUAUGAUACUCGAACUUAUGCCUUAUCGAGCGUGUUAUCCCAUUUUUAAGUUGGUUUAUUCUGCAGCAGCAAAUGCUAGUCAUAAUAUGGGUUUCGAUGAAGCAAGUUUAGUUAUUAGUAAAGCGGAAGUCAACGAGGGUACUACUAUGAAAAAAUUAAAACCUCGAGCUCGAGGGCGAAGUUAUGCAAUAAAAAGACCCACUUGUCAUAUAAGGAUUGUAUUGAAAGAUAAAUCUUUCUAUGAAGAAGAAGGUUUCUUUUGCUUAAAAAAAUCUGAAUGGAAAAAAAAAAAGAAGUACACAGAUAUGACAUAUCAUUAUAUGGAUAAGGGUGGGGGAUUAUGGGACAAAAAAUAA